AUGUCUAAAAGAUCUUCUAGUGUAGCGAACACUCCAGUUAAAAGGAAGCAUUUACACUCUACUUUGAAUCAUAAGUUUGUUAGCAUCAAUUCUCAAGAUGAUUAUAAACAUUUGUAUAGAUCUGUUGUUCCACUUGACAUUUUUGUAUGGGGAACUGGAUCAAUGUGUGAACUAGGCUUGGGUCCUCUAGCUAAAAACAAAGAAGUUAAGAGACCUAGACUCAAUCCCCUUUUGCCCCGUGAUGAGGCUAAAAUUGUGUCUUUUGCUGCAGGUGGAAUGCACACCCUAGCGCUAGACGCUGACAAUAACAUCUGGUCGUGGGGGACUAACGACUCAGGUGCUUUGGGUAGAGACACUAGCGGAGCUGUAGAAAAAUUGAAAGAUAUGGAUGCAAAUGAUAGUGAUGAUGAUGAAGAUGGUGACCUCAACGAAAUUGAAUCCACUCCAACUAAAAUUCCUAGAGACUCUUUACCAUUGGACGAAUUAAGAUGUGUACAGAUUGCUGCCACAGACAAUCUAUCUGCUGCUCUAUUUGAAAAUGGUGACGUUUACGCUUGGGGUACCUUCCGUUGUAACGAAGGUAUUUUAGGUUUCUACAGAGAUGAGAUUACCGUCCAGAAAACCCCUUGGAUAAUCCCUAACUUCUCCAAGAAAGCCAAGAUUGUUCAAAUGGCUGCUGGGAAAGAUCAUAUAUUGUUCUUGGAUGAAACUGGUAUUGUUUACGCCUGGGGUAAUGGUCAACAGCAACAAUUAGGUAGAAGAAUUUUGGAACGUUCUCGUUUGAGAACUUUAGAUCCAAGACCAUUUGGGUUGGAUAACAUAAAGUAUAUUUCAUCGGGUGAAAAUCAUUCAUUUGCCCUUUCCACGGACGGUAAACUGUACUCGUGGGGUCUUAAUCAAUUCGGGCAAUGUGGUAUAUCUACAGAAUUAGAAGAUGGGUCCUUGGUAAGUGUUCCUACUGAGGUCAUUUUGCCAGAAGGAGUUGAAAUCGAUUCUGUUUCUGCUGGAGAACAUCACACUCUAAUAUUGGCGAAAUCUGGUGAUUUAUAUUCUUGUGGUAGAUUAGAUAUGUUUGAAGUCGGUAUUUCAAAGGAUAAACUACCUGAGUACACUUAUAAAGAUGUUCAUGGCAAGGCCCGUUCUAUUCCUCUUCCAACAAAAUUAGAAGACGUUCCUUCAUUUAAGGCCAUCGCUGCAGGCUCUCAUCACUCCCUCGCUAUUGCCAAAAAUGGUAUAGUGUAUUCCUGGGGAUUCGGUGAAACUUAUGCAGUUGGUUUAGGUCCUUCUGGAGAUGAUAUUGAAACACCUACAAGAAUCAAAAACACGGCCACUCAAGAUCACAGCAUUGUCUUCAUUGGCUGCGGUGGUCAGUUUUCUAUUUCUGGUGGUGUUAAAUUAUCUGACGAAGAAGCAGAAAAAAGAGCUGAUGAAAUGGAUGAUUAA